CUAGUUAUAUGGGGUUGGUAAAUGAUGCUUGGGCGACAGAGGUGUAUGGCUACUCCCAUUAUGUUUUCUAUUGGAAAAUUCAAGAAGUAAAAAAGAAACUUAAGGUGUUGAACAUGGACGUUUAUGCAGCUAUUUCAGAGCAAACAAGGGGUCUUGAGUGUCAGCUAUAGAGUUUGCAGGUGGAAAUGUUAGAGAGCCCUAGUGCUGCUUUAGCAAAACUGGAGGUUCAAAAAGUUGCUGAAUGUUGAGCAAUGCAGAAAGCGGAAGAGUUGUUCUAUGGACAGAAAUCAAGGGCUCAGGGGGUGCAUGAGGGGGACAUGAAUACUUCAUAUUUUCAUAAAUCCUUGCGAGUUCGAACCCACAAGCAGCAGAUUACAAAACUCCAAAGGGAUGAUGGUUCUGAGACUUCAGAAAUUCAUCAGAUGGGGGAUUUAGCAGUCAAUUUCUAUAAAAAGUUGAUUGGUGAGGUGGAUGGAAGUGUACAAGGUUUGUCUGUGGCUGAGCUUAGUGCUUUACUUCGACAUAAGCUGGAUGAUAAUGACGUGUUGCAGCUUAACAGGGCUAUUACAGGGGAUGAAAUUGCUAGUUCUUUUCGGAGACUUGGUAGGGAUAAGGUUACAGGGCCUGAUGGUUUCCCUGCAUAAUUCUUUCUGUUGCAUUGGGAUCUAAUCAAAGCUGAUGUGGAGAGAGUUGUUAUGCAGUUUUUUCAAUCAGGGGUCAUGCCUCGGCAGGUUAAUGCAACAAUCUUCACAAUGGUAGCCAAGGUUCAGAAUGCUGUUGUGAUGAAAGAUUUCAGACCAAUUGCCUGUUGUAAUACAAUAUAUAAGGGCAUUUCGUGAAUUCUGGCUUGUAGGAUUGCUGAGGUUCUCCCUAAACUGGUAAGCACUUCUCAAUAUGCUUUUAUCAGAGGUCGAGCAAUUAGUGAUAAUAUUCUUUUGGCGUCUGAAUUAGUACGAGACUAUCAUAAGGUGUCUGUUAGUUCUCGGUGUGCAUUAAAGGUGGACAUUAUGAAAGCAUUUGACUCAUUGAACUGGGAUUUUUUGUUUUCCACUUUACAAGCUAUGGGGUUUACUGGGAAAAUUCUUGAACUGUUGAGGGCUUGUGUUAGUACUCCUAUGGUCAGUGUUGCUAGUUAAAAAAGGGUUAAGGCAGGGGAUCCUUUUUCCCCUUACCUUUUUACUAUAGCAAUGGUGAUCUUUGAUGCGUUGAUUAGGUGAGCAGUUGCAAAUAAUUUCAUCCCCUUUCAUCCUAGAUGUAAAGCUCUUGGGAUUACUCAUUUAUGUUUUGCGGAUGAUCUCCUAGUAUUCUCAAAUGGGUCUAUAAAGGCUGUUGCUGGGAUUCCUCGUCUACUGGAUGAAUUCUAUUUGGUUUCGGGGCUAAGGGUGAAUCCAAGUAAGUGUCAGUUAUAUUGUGAUGGAAUUCCAGAUGCUAAAAAGAGGGCGAUUUCAUAUCAUACGAAUUUCCCUCUUGAUUCUUUGCCGGUUAGGUAUCUCGGGGUCCCUCUUCUAACAAGGAAGUUGACAAGGAGGGAUAGUAGGGUGUUGAUUGACAAGAUCACUUCUCGUGUUCAAAGUGGAGGGCCAGAUUGUUAAGCUUCGCAUGUCGUGUCAGUUGAUCUCCUCUGUUCUCACUAGCCUUGUUCAGUUCUGGAUGAAUCUUUUCUUGCUCCCCAAGUAUGUCAUUGUGGAGGUGGAGAAGAUUUGUAAUACUUUUCUCUGAGAUGUGAACGAGUCUGGCCAGAGGUCGAAGGUGGACUGGCAUUUAAUAGCUCGUCCUAAGGAGGGAGGACUUGGCAUAAGAAGUUUUAGCAUAUGGAACAAAGCCUGUGUAAUUAGGCAUUUAUGGAACAUCCUGGCAUUAAUCGGAUCACUUUGGGUUGCAUGGAUAUUAAUGUACAGGGUGAAGCAACCGUUUGUGUGGACUCUAAAGCCAGCAACUACGGGCUGGUGGCUAUGGCGGAAGAUCCUAAAGGGAUGUUUCCACAUGUUUCUGGGCAGGGAGAUCCAUUACAAUGGGAUGGAAUUCCCAUGGAGAAAUUUUCAGUGAAGCGAGUAUGGGAGUCGUUAAGGCCUCAUGAUCUAGAAGUUGAUUGGUACCAGUUGGUGUGGAGCAGAGAAAUUGUACCUACACAUGGGUUUAUUCUGUGGUUGGCUAUUUUGGACAGAAUGAUAACUCAAGAUAAGCUCAGUUGUUGGGGGUUGCCUGUUUCAGGUAUGUGUGUUUUGUGCCCAGGUGGGGUUGAAUCCCGAUCUCAUUUUUUCAGUGAGUGUUCAUUCACUCUGUGUUGCGUCGAUGUUUGAGAAGUCUUGCUCCCCCGCAAACCUUGCUAGAAUGAGAUGAUAUGUUGACCUGGGGAGUUCAAAGGUGGCGAGGGAAAUCGGCUUCUGCUGUUGUUGGUCGUGCAGUUUGGAGCUUGGUGAUCAGCCUUAUUUAGCUUGAGCGUUGCUCUAGGUUGUAUGGUACAAAAGCAAGGAAAUCCCCCGAUAAUGUCAGUAAAGAUGUUCUGCAGAU